UUUUCGUUCACUCGAAAUUCAGCAACUCUUCCCCUUUCCUUCUCUCCAGUAAUACACGCUCAGCAACCAUGGUGUCAGCGGUUCUUGGCUUGCUGUUCGGAUUCCUGACAAUGUCCAGUGCACAAGUUCAAGAAGAACAGUACGCGGUCCUAUGUCAGAAUAACUUCAACGAUGACUGGAAGUACGUGGCCCCUGGCUCGGGAUGCAAGAGGUUCAUCAAUUGUUAUGGUCAGGAUUACCACGGAAUGCUCCAGUGUCCCGAGACGACUCUCUUUAAUGAAAACUCCCAGGAGUGUCAAUACCCAGAAGAUUUCAACUGUCAGGUAGCCCUCAACGAAAACCCAGACUGUGUGACCGGCGUGGUUCCCUACAAUUGCUCAGCUUUCACGUACUGCUAUCUUAACACCCAGUACAACUUCAGCUGCAACCAAGACCUCUACUACUCUCAGAGCUUACUCACCUGUGUGUACGCUGAAGAUCUGACAGAGGAUGACAGAUUCAGAUGCAACUUCCGCAACGGACGAUAGGAUUCAGCACAAGCAAUGUAUUCUCUGAACUUCAAAUAAAGCCAGUCAGACAAUUAUAA